AUGACUCGUCCACUCGCCGCUGGUCUCCCUCCGUCCUCCGCCGCCGCCGUAACCACGGUGGCACCUAUCCCUCCUGCUCCACCGGCCGUGGAAAUUCCCCUCGAAGCCAGAUUGAUGGUAUGGCUAUUCAUCAUCAUUCUCGCUUUGUGCCUUUAUUGCCGCUUCGCCGUUAAAGGAGCUCUUGAUAAUUCCGUUUCCGCCCAUUCUACGGCUUUACCUCCGACCAUUCCGUCACCACGGACCGGACUCUCUUCCUUGUCCGAGACACUCAGUUCGUAUGAAUGUGUCAUCUGUCUCGAGGAUUUGGCCGACCGGGACGAGGUUUUUAAGAUAACGGUGUUAGGAUGUGGUCACGGAUUUCAUGCGGUGUGCCUCGACAAGUGGUUCCGGAGCAAGCUUUCGUGCCCUUCUUGCCGCCGAGUCCCUCUCUCUGAUAAGUCCGAAGAAUCCGGCGGAGAAAAGGCGUGUAGAUAUAACUCCGGCGCCGGAGAUUGA